UACACUACGAAGAAGACCACAUAUUGAAACGCGUUGUUUCUCGGCAGACAAAUAGGCUACUAACGUCUGAAGAUAGGUUGUAGUCAAAAAUGUUUUGUAAUGCACAGAUCUGUAAACCUCAACAAGAAAAGCGAAAACCUUUGACCCUGCCCUGCCAAUGAUGAGCGCAUUACAUUGACCAGGAAAAUAUCACGGCGCUAGGACCGGGCUUUUCUGAGUGCGGAAAAUUCUAUAGGGAUCUCGGUUCCAUCAGAAGAGCUUGCAGGCAGAGAAGCUGACAGCCGCUGCGCAAAGCAUCACAGGGCAGCGAGCACACACUGCCCAGAACACAAACGAACCGGAACCGCCUGGGCACAAGUCCGGAGCCCUCCAUAUGGGCUCACAAUGCGCAGGAUUCGGGCCAACGCCAUCGCUAUUCUAACCGUCGCUUGGAUCCUGGGCACAUUUUAUUACCUGUGGCAGGACAAUAAACCACGUUUGUCCGCCUCCUCCGCGUCGCAGCCACGGGCUGCAGGCGUUAAAUCUCAUGGGCAAAAGGGAUCUGCUGGACGCGUGGAAAUACAUCGAGAGGACCGGACAAUUCCGCUUAUAGUCACUCAUGCGCCUCACGGGGAGCUCCAGAACCAGCUGGUGGCCAGCUUCGAUGAGAAGGCCUACCUGAGCAGCAAGCAGCUGAAGCCUGGGGAGGACGCCUACCGGGAACAUGCCUUCAACCUGCAGGAGAGCGACCGGAUAGGCAGUGAGAGGGCCAUCAGAGACACUCGCCACUACAGGUGCGCUUCAGUGAAUUUUGAUCCAGACCUGCCCCCCACCAGCGUAAUCAUCACUUUCCACAAUGAAGCUCGGUCCACUCUCCUGCGCACCAUUAAAAGUGUGUUGAUGAGGAGUCCUCCCUCUCUGAUUCAGGAGAUUAUCCUGGUGGAUGACUUCAGCUCUGACCCUGAGGACUGCCAGCUGCUCUCUCAGAUCCCCAAAGUGCGCUGCCUGCGGAAUGGACGCAGAGAGGGGUUGAUUCGCUCACGGGUUCGAGGGGCCAGCGUCGCCUCUGCCACCAUCCUCACCUUCCUGGACAGCCACUGCGAGGUCAACACUGACUGGCUGCAGCCCCUCAUCCAGAGGGUCAAGGAGGACCACACGAGGGUUGUCAGCCCUAUCAUCGAUGUCAUCAGUCUGGACAACUUCGCCUACCUGGCAGCCUCAGCUGACCUAAGGGGAGGGUUUGACUGGAGUUUGCACUUUAAAUGGGAACAGAUUCCCAUUGAGCAGAAAAUGGCCAGGAAUGACCCGACCCAACAAAUCAAAACUCCAGUCAUUGCUGGAGGAAUCUUUGUGAUGGACAAGAGCUGGUUUAACCACCUGGGCCAGUAUGACACACACAUGGACAUCUGGGGAGGAGAGAACUUUGAGCUGUCCUUCCGUGUGUGGAUGUGUGGGGGCAGUCUGGAGAUCCUGCCCUGCAGUCGGGUGGGCCACGUCUUCAGGAAGCGCCACCCCUACGACUUCCCGGAGGGCAACGCUCUCACGUACAUCAAGAACACUCGCAGGGCGGCGGAGGUGUGGAUGGACGAGUAUAAGCAGUAUUACUACGCUGCUCGACCUUCAGCUCAGGGCAAAGCCUUCGGGAGCAUUGCAGACCGGGUGGAACUGCGCCAUAAGUUGAACUGCAACUCGUUCCGCUGGUACCUGGAGAAUGUCUAUCCUGAGCUCAGGAUCCCUGAGCAAGAGGCGGUGUACAGCCUGCUGAAGCAGGGUGACCUGUGUCUCGAGACCCAUGGAAUGGACAGCUUGGGUCUGGCCGAGUGUAAGGGCAGUGGCUCCAGCAGACUGCAGUCACAGAAAUGGAUGCUGGUGGAGCCUCAGAUCCGCCAGCAGGACCUCUGCCUUGCCAUCAGCGCCUUCACCCCAGGGUCAAAGGUCAGGAUGGAGGCCUGCAACUUUAAAGAGCCCAGACAGAAGUGGAAGCCAAAAGGCCCCGCCUUGCAGCACAUAGUCAGCGGUCUCUGCCUUGACAGCCAACCCCCGGCUGGACCGCCAGUCAUCACCCAGUGUCACCCCCAGCUGGCCAGCCAAUCCUGGGAGCCCCAGCUCAUCACCUGACCCUGCACAGAGAGGCAAUGGUGAGAAGGAGGAAGCGGUGGCAGAAGGACAAUGCAAGAUGAAUUGAUUAGGUGGAGAGCAUUUGGUGGAGGGGGAGGUCCGGAGGGAGGCGCACAGUGAUGCUUCGCCAUGCAUUAGGACCCAGGGGGUGUGGAGCGUGUCUUCACACUGUAGUCGACGGGAGAUGCUGCUGUCUUUCUAGUAGAGGAGUUUAUUUUUGUCCAAAGGUUAAUGCCAUUGUGUUUGGUCUAAGGGGUGUUUUGUGACAUUUCUUUCUGUGGUCCGUAAGACUGAUGAUAUUGGGGAUAGAUAGACAGAUGAAGAGAGAGAGAGAGCAAAGAGGCAAGAUUUAUGACACCUUUUACUCUCUGAAACAGCUCAUACCUGUAUAUCCUCAUUCUCGUGGACGAUGUGGUUUCCCGCUUCUUGACUUAAAUCCAUGGAAGCUGUAGACUGUUUAAUUGUUUUAAUUGCUGUCUUGACUAUGAAUUUCACAGUGCAUUCCUCAAAGUGAUAUUGUAUAUAUUGUAGAAAGCCCCAGCCAUAACCUGUUUUUAAGUCUUUAAUUUCAAAAUAAUAAAUGUUUGUAGGCUGGAUGAGGACACUCAUAAAUUAUUGAGCUGCUUUUAGAGCCAAGAGAAACAUUGCAGUAGCUACCAGCCCCGACGGUCGUAAGAUCGGCUCAUUGUAACUCCGAAUAGAUGAGAGAUGGAAAAUGGAGCGCAAUUUAUUAAAGCACUGGAAUGUUUCAUGCAAAAUGGACUGACCUGCAGUUUUGGGGGGUGAGCUAAACAAUGCACACAUCCAUGCAUAGCAUCUGGCAUUUAUUUUGCAUGACCUCCAAAACCAAAACACAUUUGAGUUUGAGGGAAAUGAUGCAGUGAGCCCAAAGAAUGUUUUAUUGUAAUUUUUGUUUUGUUCUUAAAAUUCUUUUUGUAAAUACUUGAGGCUUAAAUAAGCUUUGUUUUGGAAUAAGUGACCAUUCAUGUCAUUUGAAAAAAGAAUAAAAAAUGGCAACAGA